AGAUUCCUGUCAGCGGCCGCGGCGGUGGCGGCGACCGUCAGUUUUCCCUGAGGAGAAGCACGAAACGCACCCGUUGGCUCUUCCCCCCCACCCCUUCCCCGCCCCGAACGUGUCUCCUACCUCGCCGGGAAUCAGUACCCCCCCCUUGGAGUUUGUUCUCGAACCCGCAGCCGUUUCUUCGGUCCUCGGCCGGGGUGGAAGUCACUGCCCUCCAGGAGGAGGCGGCAGCAAGCAGCAGCAGCAGCAGCAGCAGCCGCCCUCGCCAGCCGCCCCCGGUUCGGUGCCCGCGGUCCCGGAGAGGAGGUGCCGCCGCCACCGCCGCUCCCCCCCCUCCGCCCUCCCGCUGCCCUCGGGCCGGGCUGGGUCGAGCUGCGAUGCCCUCGGACUUCAUCUCUUUGCUCAGCGCGGACCUAGACCUGGAAUCGCCCAAGUCCCUGUACUCGCGAGAUUCUCUGAAGUUACACCCAUCACAGAAUUUUCAUAGAGCUGGACUAUUGGAAGAAUCUGUCUAUGAUCUACUCCCAAAGGAGUUACAGUUGCCUCCGUCUAGAGAAACAUCUGUAGCAUCCAUGAGUCAGACCAGCGGUGGUGAGGCAGGCUCGCCUCCUCCAGCUGUAGUUGCUGCUGAUGCUUCUUCAGCUCCCUCCUCUUCCUCCAUGGGCGGUGCUUGCAGCUCCUUUACCACCUCUUCCAGCCCUACCAUUUAUUCUACCUCAGUCACCGACAGCAAGGCUAUGCAAGUGGAGGGCUGCUCCUCAGCCGUGGGGGUAAGUAACAGAGGGGUAAGUGAAAAGCAGUUCACCGGUAACACAGUCCAGCAGCAUCCAUCCACACCGAAGAGACACACAGUCUUGUACAUCUCACCACCCCCUGAAGACUUGCUGGAUAACAGUCGGAUGUCCUGCCAGGAUGAGGGAUGUGGACUGGAGUCUGAGCAGAGCUGCAGUAUGUGGAUGGAGGAUUCCCCCUCCAACUUCAGUAACAUGAGCACCAGUUCCUACAAUGAUAACACUGAGGUACCUCGUAAAUCACGAAAACGAAAUCCAAAGCAGAGGCCUGGGAUCAAACGACGAGAUUGUGAAGAAUCCAAUAUGGAUAUAUUUGAUGCCGACAGUGCCAAAGCACCUCACUAUGUGCUUUCUCAGCUUACCACGGACAACAAAGGCAACUCAAAAGCUGGAAAUGGAACCUUGGAAAACCAAAAAGGAAGUGGAGUGAAGAAGAGCCCUAUGUUGUGUGGACAGUAUCCUGUUAAGAGUGAGGGAAAGGAGCUGAAGAUAGUAGUACAGCCGGAGACGCAGCACCGCGCUCGGUACCUGACAGAGGGCAGUCGUGGCUCCGUGAAAGACAGAACACAGCAGGGUUUUCCGACAGUAAAGCUGGAAGGCCAUAAUGAACCAGUAGUGUUGCAGGUGUUUGUGGGCAAUGACUCUGGUCGAGUGAAGCCACAUGGAUUUUAUCAGGCCUGCAGGGUAACUGGACGAAAUACAACUCCCUGCAAAGAAGUGGACAUUGAAGGCACUACUGUUAUAGAAGUUGGCCUUGAUCCUAGCAACAAUAUGACCCUGGCGGUGGACUGUGUAGGAAUAUUAAAAUUGAGGAAUGCUGAUGUUGAAGCCCGAAUAGGAAUUGCUGGUUCCAAGAAAAAAAGCACUCGUGCCAGAUUGGUUUUUCGCGUUAAUAUCAUGAGGAAAGAUGGCUCUACUUUGACACUACAAACACCCUCUUCUCCAAUUUUGUGUACUCAGCCAGCAGGAGUGCCAGAAAUCUUAAAGAAAAGCUUACAUAGUUGUUCAGUGAAAGGAGAAGAAGAAGUGUUCUUAAUUGGCAAGAAUUUUCUGAAAGGAACUAAAGUUAUUUUCCAAGAAAAUGUGUCUGAUGAAAACUCUUGGAAGUCAGAAGCUGAAAUUGACAUGGAAUUGUUUCAUCAGAAUCAUCUUAUUGUGAAAGUUCCACCAUAUCAUGAUCAACAUAUAACUUUACCUGUAUCUGUGGGAAUAUAUGUAGUGACCAAUGCUGGAAGAUCUCAUGAUGUUCAACCGUUCACUUACACUCCAGACCCAGCAGCAGCUGGUGCUUUGAAUGUAAAUGUGAAGAAAGAAAUAUCUAGUCCAGCAAGACCUUGCUCUUUUGAAGAGGCCAUGAAAGCAAUGAAAACUACUGGAUGUAACUUGGAUAAGGUAAAUAUUCUUCCUAAUGCUCUGAUCACUCCACUGAUAUCAAGCACUAUGAUUAAAAGUGAAGAUGUUACUCCAAUGGAAAUAACAGCAGAAAAAAGAUCUUCUCCUAUUUUUAAGACUACUAAGACAGUUGGAUCAACUCAGCAAACUUUAGAAAAUAUCUCUAAUAUAGCAGGGAAUGGGUCCUUUUCAUCUCCAUCAUCUUCCCAUUUGUCGUCUGAAAAUGAAAAGCAGCAGCAGAUCCAGGCUAAGGCAUACAACCCAGAAACCCUGACAACUAUCCAAACACAGGACAUCUCACAGGCCGGUACUUUUCCAACAGUUUCUGCCUCUAGUCAGCUGCCCAACAGUGAAGCCUUACUGCAGCAGGCUACACAGUUUCAGACAAGAGAAACUCAAUCUAGAGAAGUGUUACAGUCGGAUGGUACAGUGGUUAAUUUGUCACAACUGACUGAGGCACCACCACAACAACAGCCACCACUACAAGAACAAGCACAGACUUUACAGCAGCAGAUUUCACCAAAUAUUUUUCCGUCACCAAAUAGUGUGAGUCAGCUACAGAAUACUAUUCAGCAGUUACAAGCAGGAAAUUUUGCAGGCAGUAGUGCUAGUGCCAACAGUGGAAGUGUUGACUUGGUCCAACAAGUUUUAGAGGCACAACAACAAUUAUCUUCAGUUUUAUUUUCCGCUCCAGAUGGUAAUGAGAAUGUUCAAGAACAGCUUAGUGCAGACAUUUUUCAACAAGUCAGUCAAAUUCAAAAUAGCGUAAGCCCUGCAAUAUUCUCCUCAACGGAGCCAACAGUCCAUACCAGGCCAGAUAAUUUAAUACCUGGACGAGCUGAAAGUGUUCAUCCACAGUCUGAAAACGCAUUAUCAAGCCAACAACAGCAGCAACAGCAACAGCAAGUGAUGGAAUCCUCCGCUGCAAUGGUGAUGGAGAUGCAACAGAGUAUCUGCCAGGCAGCUGCCCAGAUCCAGUCAGAGCUAUUUCCUUCAACUGCCUCAGCAAAUGGAAACCUUCAGCAAUCACCUGUUUACCAACAGCCUUCUCAUAUGAUGAGUGCAUUGUCUUCCAGUGAGGACAUGCAGAUGCAGUGUGAAUUGUUUUCUUCUCCUCCUGCAGUUUCUGGAAAUGAAACUUCUACAACCACAACACAGCAAGUUGCUACCGCUGGCACCUCUAUGUUUCAGACAUCAAGUUCGGGAGAUGGAGAAGAAACUGGAGCACAAGGAAAACAGAUUCAGAGCAGUGUCUUUCAAACCAUGGUCCAAAUGCAACAUAAUGGAGACAGUCCGUCUCAAGUUAACCUUUUUUCAUCUACAAAAAGUAUGAUGAGUGUUCAGAAUAGUGGUACCCAGCAACAAAAUAAUGGUUUAUUCCAGCAGAGUAGUGAGAUGAUGUCACUUCAAUCUGGGAAUUUUUUACAGCAGUCUUCUCAUUCACAGGCUCAACUUUUUCAUACUCAGAAUCCUAUUGCCGAUGCUCAGAACCUUUCCCAGGAAACUCAAGGCUCUAUUUUUCACAGUCCAAACCCCAUUGUCCAUAGUCAGACUUCUACAAAUUCGUCUGAACAAAUGCAGUCUUCAAUGUUUCACUCUCAAAGCACCAUCACUGUGUUACAGAGCUCUUCAGUUCCUCAGGACCAGCAGUCACCGAACAUAUUUCUUUCCCAAAGUCCUAUGAAUAAUCUUCAAGCUAACACAGUAGCCCAAGAAGAACAGAUUUCAUUUUUUGCAGCACAGAACUCCAUUUCUCCUCUUCAGUCAGCAUCAAACACUGAACAACAAGCUGCUUUCCAACAGCAGACUGCAAUAACACACAUCCAGAAUCCUAUGCUUUCACAGGAACAGACGCAAUCUUCCCAACAAGGUUUAUUUCAGCCACAAGUAUCCUUGGGCUCUCUUCCACCUAAUGCAAUGCCUCAAAACCAACAAGGAGCAAUUUUCCAGUCACAGCAUUCAAUGGUGGCUAUGCAGAGUAACUCUCCAUCCCAGGAGCAGCAGCAACAGCAGCAGCAGCAAGCACAACAGCAGCAGCAGCAGCAGCAACAGCAGCAAAGCAUGUUGUUUAGCAAUCAAAAUACUAUGGCUGCAAUGGCAUCUCAAAAGCAGCCACCACCGAACAUGAUAUUCAGCCCUAAUCAAAAUCCGCUGGCCAGCCAGGAACAACAGAACCAGGCAAUUUUUCACCAACAAAGCAACAUGGCUCCAAUGAGUCAAGAACAGCAGCCAAUGCAAUUCCAAAAUCAGCCCCCAGUUUCUUCUCUUCAAAACCCAGGACCCAGCCAGUCUGAAUCCCCACAGACUUCCUUGUUCCACAGCUCUCCUCAGAUUCAGUUGGUACAAGGAUCACCAAAUUCCCAAGAACAACAAGUAACACUCUUUCUGUCUCCAGCAUCCAUGUCUGCAUUGCAAACCAGUAUAAACCAACAGGACAUGCAGCAAUCUCCUCUGUAUUCCUCUCAGAACAACUUGCCGGGAAUCCAAGGAGCCACUUCUUCACCUCAGCCACAGGCUCCUUUAUUUCACAACACCACAGGAGGCACAAUGAACCAACUACAAAAUUCUCCUGGCUCAUCUCAGCAGACUUCGGGAAUGUUCUUAUUUGGCAUUCAAAAUAACUGUAGUCAGCUUUUAACCUCUGGACCAGCUACAUUGCCAGAUCAGUUGAUGGCCAUAAGUCAACCAGGCCAACCACAAAAUGAGAGCCAGUCACCUGUGACAACAAUUCUUUCUCAGCAAAUGCCAGAGAAUUCUCCCCUGGCAUCCUCUCUAAACACCAACCAGAACAUGGAAAAGAUUGAUUUGCUUGUUUCAUUGCAAAACCAAGGGAACAACUUGACUGGCUCAUUUUAACUGGAUAUAAAUUUCAUGAAGAAAAUCCUGAUUCCAAGAUGUCAUGAGAGCUUGUGGUUCCACGAGGAUCAUUGAACUUAUUUUAAAAACAAAAUAAGCAGAACUAUAUUUGAGUAAAUGGAUAGAUCUUACUCUGGCUGCAAAAGAGCACACCUGUGCUGCCUGUUGCAGUGACUAGCCACCAACGUUAACAUCUUGUAUUUUGUAUUCCUAAUCACAGUGAUGACUGAGAAUCUAUUUGAGUUGCCAGCUGACUAAAUUAUUAUUUUCCUUGGCGCAGUUUCUUUAAAAGUACAGUUUAAGUUCAAGGCUGGACUAACCACUCAGUUAUUAUUGCUAUUAGGAAAUAGUAUUUGUCAUGUUUACUUCUGUUCCUGGUUAUUUUCUUUCCUGCAUUAUUUUAAUCAAGUAAUGACUUUUGAAAAAGUAAGCUUCAGUAGUAGCUAAGGCUGUGAUGUUUUUCAGUGUAGAAAGCACAGCUAGUGGCCAAAUUGAAGGAAAUCUUUUUCAGGAAUAAACUGAAGGGGUAACAUUCAGAGGAGUGAGCUGUACUGAAAACUGGACACCGAUAAGAGGACUCUGUCACACAAAGGCCAAUGACACUGACAAAACUGGAAACAGCUGGCAUGCUACUGAUUGUAUAUUUCAGAGAGUUGUUAGGUCUCUGUGUUAUUAUUACUAUGGGGUGUAGCCAUAACUGUGCAUAAAGAAAUAAUUAUCUUACUCUAUAGAAAUGAAGGGGAUAAUAUAUGGUAAAUUAUGUUGCUGCAUCCUUCUACAGUAGUUUAAACUGACAGAGUAAUUUGAGUUUGUUUUUUUCCCCACCCUAAGUCUGAUAUUCCCUUUUUAUAUGCAUCUAAAUUAUUUCCCACCUUGUUUUCACUUACUUUAGGCAAGAACUAAUAUACUGCUGGCUUUGUGACCCUGUAGCAACUUAAGGGAAAAGGCCACUUAGAUUGAGGGUGACCUUGCAGUCCUGCAGCACAGGACAAGAAGUACUUACUAGGAAUUAUUGGCAGUUGAUUCCUGAGAAACAAUGCAUAAUUUUCCCAUGAACGGUGCUGUUCUAAAGUCUUCAAAAUUUUCCCUGUGAUGAAAAAUAAUAUUAGUUUCCAUUUUAAAAAGAAAAGGCAAACUAAAACUUGGUGAAGCAUCUCUUCUCCCUAAGCUGCAGUGAGUGCAAUUCCUCUGUCACCUCAGUGCUUUACAGUUUGAAGUGGUCCCACACCUGAUGGUUCCCACAAACCUUAGGCUUUACAGGGUCAUAUCAUUGGAUUCAAAUGAAAAUUUCACUCUUGUUACAUCUGUGAAGAGCAAACUAACACACUCCAGAACUUGCAGUUGUAGCGUUACUUACACAGUUUUGGGUGUUCUUUCCACUGGUGGGAUGCCUGCUUGUCACAACCACCUGUGUUUGGACCUGUGCUUAUGUUCUCUUUUCCUUUUGGCAUGUGGAAAGCUGUCAGUGCAGUGUAAGGCCAACGUGUAUGUGUGGCUUCUAUGUGUUGAUGUAAUGUUUUAGUAUCCUUGUGUGUGUCUUUCUUUUUUAGUGUAUUAAAAAUAGCCUGUUAAUUGUGAAUGAAGGCUACUUUUCUGUUUAGUUUGUUAUUCCUCCUCUUUACACUUAGUUGAACUGUGUUGAAUUAUGUGGUGUUGGUUUUGUUUAUAUAUAGCCAGAUUUUUCUCCUUUUAUGUGGUCUUCCUUUGUUCUUUGAAAGUGCUUGUCUUCUAAUUUUUGUUUUGUUUUGUUUUUUCUCUUCUUAUAUAUUCUUCCCUUCACCCAAACCCUUUCUUUCUUUCUCUCUCUGAUUGAGAGGCAUUGAAUUACGUUUUCAGUAGUACAGGCUUCUUGCCGAUAUGAAGGGAACUUAUCAGAAAGAGACCUACUCUGGGUCAUUUAAUUUUGAAUACAGUUUUCAAUCGUUCAAGUUUUGGAUGGUUUAUAUCUAAUGUGUGUUUCAUUUUUUUGGAAAGCUAUAUUUUGUAUUUAGGAAAUGGUAUACUAUUUUGCUAUUUGUACUGAGUGAGUACAUUGGCAUAAAUAUAGAAAUUUAUAUAUAUACAUAUAUAUAAACUAUUCUUUUUUUGCCACACAUUUUUGUGGUAAAUUUGUGAGUUUGUCUGAUGUUCUACCACAACGUCUGAUAACAGUGAGGGGGGGUGGGGUUUGUUAUGUCUUUUGAGUAUUUAAGUAACUUUUGAAAAAAAUGACCUGUUCAUCUGUGGCCAUUCCAUCAGGCAGUUCUUUGAUGUCAUUAGUGGGCUAAAGGCAGCUUGCUGUGUUUGCUGUGCCUUGCACUCAGCAAAACCAGGGCAUAAGGAAACCUAUCAAGACAGUUGUGUCAAGUGGUGUUUCAUAAGAAUGAGCCAUUCAGUCUUUGCUCACUAUAUAUUUAAUAUGUUAUUAUUGUUAUUGUUAUUAUUAAUUGGCUUUCUGUAUUCUAUGCCUUUUAUUUAUAAGGACACUAAAAAGUUUGUAAUUUUAAUAACAUUUCCUCAUCUUGUAAUAUUCAGAGCUACUUUAUAAAUUCUCUGACCCAAAAGUAUUUUCCUCAGUAUAUCUUUUCUCCCCUGACCCCUGUUGGAGGAAACUUACCCAUUAUAGUUCAGGUUAUGAAAAAGAUCAGCCACACAAUCCAGGACUUCAGUUUUAAAAUGUAAAAUGCUAACUCUAGGGGGGUUUCUGUAAUACCAGAGAAAGCAAGCCCAGCAGAUAUUUUUAAUGGUAAAAAUUAAAAUUAUAUGUUUAUUUCUGAUUUUUUUCCUCUGAGAUGACAUACGAGAGCCAAGAAGUUUGUUCACCAAGUUCUAACUAGAAUGUGUUGCUAUCACACUAUGGAUGAAAGUGAUGGCGAGAAGACUGGCUUGUGUGCUGUCUUGUGUUCUGUAGUUUAACAAGAGAUUUAUCUUUAUAAAAUGAAGAUUGACAAUGCCAAGUCACUGGGACCAAUUUUCUGUUUUAUAAUAUCUUAAGUAUAGAACAGAUCAUACCUGAACUAUAGUGAUUCAAUUGGAUGAAGGCAGAAAACCCACUUUUUAUUUUCAUAAAUUUUGUGGUUAUUUAUACAAGGGCUGUGCUAGGCUAUACCAUAUUUUUAUUCAAAUAAUUUUUUUUUACAUUGUUAAGUGAUCCUUAUCCCUGAAGGUCAAUGUUAAGUACAACAGUCUGAGUAUAUGAUUUGGUUACAAAGAGUAUUUGUCUUAUUGAAGAGUCAGCUCAGUGGUUGAUACUUGUGCUGAUGCAACUUCCCAGUUACUGUUACAAGUUAUAGCUGCCUAUGGGAAAGCCUGCUUCAGCCAAGGCCUUGCAGCCAACAACAUUAAAUUUACUCAUGGCAGAAAGACCUAAAUAAAUUGUGAACCACAUUUUAUUUAUCCUUAUAUUACAUUCAGUUUUUGCUCUCAGCAACUUACAUAAAUCCUUGGAGCUUGUGUGUGUGUAUGUUUGUAUGUUACUCCUUUUGUCAUUCCAUUAUUCAACCAUACCUACGUAGGAAGAAAAUAAUUAGAGGUCGUAUUGUGCUUCUGUGCUUUACUUUGUGGUCAGAGUCUUAUGUUAUUCAACUAAUAAGAAUCUGUUUUACACAUUCUCCCUAGCACAGGUUUUUAAAGGGCUUUGUUACAGAAACAAUAUUAUUAAGGGGUUUUCCUUACCUUCCUCCCUCCCUUUAUUCCUUCCUUUUUUCCAUGCAUUCUUCUAUCCUCCUAUCUCCAUGCAUUUUAUUUUAUUUUAUUUUUACUUUGAGGCAGAGAGGAGGGUGGUGUAGUUUAGAAUUGUAGUUUAGAAUCAUUGUAGUAUUCUCUGCUCAUCAGAACCUGAAAAUCUACCUAGAGAAAACAUGUUGAAGAUAAUGGGAAGAAGCUAUAUCUGUGUCCCUCUCAGUAAAAUCCCUUUUGAUCUUUUAAACCAUUAUUUUAAGAAUGCAUUUUGAAAAAGUAGAAUGUUAAAUGCAUCAUCAGAUAGGAUGAGAAUAAAAUGACUUGAUAAUUAAAGUUUCAAAUUCAGUGUGGUUAUAAAUAUUUUCUAGGAGUAAUCUGAGAGGGGUUUUUUUUUUUUGGUUUUUUUUUUUUUUCCAAUAAAAAUUUCUGUUCUGAUGACUCUCCCUUAGUUGACUUUUUAAUUGACAUAACGCAAGCAAGCCCAUAGACACUAGAGAGUGGACGAGCAGGAUCUUGUGCCUGUUUGUGUAGAGAUUAUCUUCCUAAUGGAGUGAACAUCAGCAUCAUAUCUAUGAUGUUUGUGAAUUGCCAUAGUGCUCUGAUGAUUUCUUGAAUCCCUAUUUAACUGUAUGCCAUUCUAGUCUCACUUAUACAGAUCCUGUUUUUACUCCGUUUGUUUUUCAGGAAAUUUUUUACAUUAAUGUUUGAUAGAUUGCUUAUGGGAAAGUGCCUUUUUGCCAUGAUAGUACCCCCUUUUUGGUAAUUUUAUUUUUACUAUAACCAAAACAUACAAACAUUUUAGCAGAUCUCAACCAUCACCUUUUCCAUUUAGCCCUUCUUUUUUUCCAUUUCUUGGUCGCCAUAGAAUACUUCAGAAAUUCCUUUGACUUAAGAAUAAAAGAAGCACUGCUAGAAUUUCCUUUGGAAAAGGGUAAGUAAAAGAUGCCAGAAUCAAAUCAUUUAGCUUUCUGUAAGUGUAUCUUCAUCUCAGUGAACUAAUAGUAGGUCUAAUCUAGAUACUAAGGAAUAUUUUAUUGUCUGUGAGAUUCCUUGGACACAAAUGCGUAUGGUUAAAUUUCAUAGAGAAGGUAUUGAAAUGACCUUUUUAGUCUAAAUUAAAAUUGAUUGGAUGAAAAGAAAUCACUAAUUAAAACAUAGUUUGGGUGAGUCCUAGUAGCAUCAGAUUUUCUAAUCAGAAGGGAUGAAGUAGUUCAUAGCAGUGCAGUGUGCUUGCCAGUUAACUUAAAUAGUGUUAUAGGAAAUGAAGUUCUGAGACCCUCCAAACUUGAGAUGAUAGUUAUGUUUGACCAGGUACCAUGAGAAUUGAGUAGCCUUUUGUUUUCUGUUUGUUUUGCUUCUUCCACAGCUUGCUAGAAGCAAGGUCAGGAUUGUAGUUUCUCGGGGAGAGAGCAGUUUUACUUGUGCAGAUAUUUCUGUGAUUGUUAGACUGAAGACUACAAACCUAUAUAAACAUUAUUAAUAUCCUCUUGAUAUUAUGCACUUUAAUCAUUCCAAAGAAACCGAGAAUGCUAUAGAGUGAUAAUUCCUUUUUAAUGAAUACAUUUUAAUUAGCUAUUUGGAAUAAUGUCUCUUUUUACUUUAGAUAGCUGAUUUGGCAUGAGUGUUAUGUAUAUUUUCUAAAGUGACUAGUCCAUUUUAACCCAUUGAAAUGCAGUAAUGAUUGACUAAGGGGAAAUAAUUACAUUUUGACAAAUCAUCUUAGGGAGAUUGAAAUGGUGUACUGAUCUGUAUGUUCAAGAGUUAAUUAAAACCAGCCUUCUUCUUAUCUAUUUUGCAUCAUCUAUAUAAGAAUACAUUAUGUAAUUUUUAGUGUGUAGGUUUGUGUGAACCAGUGUUUUGAAAAUACGGUUCUCAGUCCACCAGCCAUCAUUAGUGUUGUCUGGGAACCAGGAAGAAAAAAAGUCUUGGGCCCUGUCCCAGACAGACUGAAGCAGGAACUCGGGUGAAGCCCAGCCGUCCAUGUUUUAAUAAGCUGUCCAGGUGAUAUUGAUGCAAUAGUGUAAAGUCACACAGUGGGACUAUAUCAUUUCAGCUUAACCUGGUUAUCCAUAAUCACUUAUUGACAAUAGUAGUUUAUUGUCAGUAGUUUCAGUACACGUGUAGUUAAUCUAGUUAUUGCUAACUCAGUUAAAUUACUUUGACAUUUAAUGAAAAAAUUCACAUUAGAUAACUGAUUUAAAUAAUGUAUGUACAAUGUUCUAUGUUGCUUUUAAUUAUUUUAAUACUUAAUUAGCUAAUGUAAUUGAUGGGUGCUAAAGUUCCCUGUUAUCUCUAAAAUAGGUAUGUUGUAAACAGUGUAAUUUAAGCUUUCUUGGCAUUGCCCUUUAAUAUCACCAGCCAACCACAGAUUUUCUCUGGCUGAUUCAAGCCUCUGAACAAAACUAUCCUUCCUUGUAUUUGCUUGUGCAUCUGAGAGGCAACAAGAUGGCUAGCCAGGUUGACAUUGCACCUUAUUCUUUUUUCCAAUAGGCAGAACUUCUGUAAAAGUAGCUUGCAUAAAUAAGAACUGUGGCAGUAGGGAUGUAACUGUCCUUGGAGCUUAUGCUUCAGACCCGAGUUAGUUACUAAAUAAAUAUCAAGUAAGGUAAUGUAUGAUUGGGGAAUUUUUCACAGUAACUACAUAGCCAUAAAAUAAGUGGACUCACACAUUUGUUUUUACUUCCUUGUGUAAAUUGGUUCCUCCAUAACUAUUCUUAUCUUCCUCCCAUAAUUUAUACAUCAAUAGUUAACUUUCAGGAAAAAAAAGUCAACUUUCAGUAGAAAAACAAAUGUCUAGUCACUUUAUUAAAAUCACCUCUUCUGUCUCUUCAUGCUGGCAGUGAAAAUGUAUGUGGCUUGCUCUACAGACUCCACAAACUUUGGUGCUGGCAAAUACACAGGCAAGCUGUUGGCAAAUACUCUGAUGACAUUCCUCCGCCUUCUGAAUUCCUUUCCCUCACUUCACUGUAUAACUAAUAUAUUCCUAUUCUAAAAGCAUUCUACCACAAUUCUGUUCAACUCCAACUUACAAUACCUCCUUUUAAAAUUCCAUGUUGUAAUCAGAUCAGCCCUGUCUGUGCACUCACGUGUUGGCAUAUGCCCUCAUAUCCAUCCCCUCUCUGUCUCUCUCUCUCCAGAAGUCAUUUAAAUAUCUUACAGCAUUGCUUAUUACUAUUUUAGCUAAUAAACCUCAGGAUAACAUACACAUACACACGAUGUGAGAUGUUUGAGAAUGACUUUGGAAUCAGGUUUCUUUAUCCAUUAAAGAACUAUCCUGCCUGAAGUGACUAUGACCUUGGUUGUUAUAAGCUGAUUCCAGUGAACUUGAGCUCACUUAUGUUGAUCUAAUAAAUGUGUGUGUCCCCUUGUUUGCGUGCUUUCUAGAAGCUCCAGGUAGUUGCUGCUUUGACAGUUGCUUCACUUCUUUUGCUUCGUCUUCUAGUAAGUAUACUACAGAUACUUCGUUAAGCUGUUUUCAAGUGGUUUAUCUACCAUUCUGCCAUUUAAAAUUUUUGUUUAAUUUUAUUUGCUUGAGCACAUUGAUCAGCCACUGAACUGCCUUCUUCCAUUGUCCUGCGAUGAUGUAAGGGUUACGUUUGUGUGUAUAUGGCUUUCAUAGUUCGGAUUUUGGAGCACUGAUACCAGAUAUUUUCAGUUUGUUCUUUGGGGGAAUUUCAUUUGCAUCUAUGUUUUUAGCUAUCUGUGAUAACUUGUUAAAUAUUAAAAAGAUAUUUUGCUUCUAUUGGAACAUUUGUAUACUCGCAACUAUAUUUCUGUAAACAGCUGCAGUCAAAAUAAAACAUUGAAAGUUUUCA